UAAUCACACACCCAGGUGUUUACUUUAUAAUUACCCAAACAAAAAUGAAAGUAACACUUAUCCUUUUAUUGAUAAUAAAAAUUAACGCGUUUCCAAAAAAAGAAGAUCUCUUCAAACUUCACGUUGUACACCUGAACGACUUUCAUUCUAGAUUUGAUGAAGUGAAUCUUAAGGGCCGAGAGUGCACAAAAAAUGAUACUUGUGUGGGAGGCUACUCAAGAUUAUACAAACAAAUCAUGAGUUUGAAGGAGAAAGACCCCAAUAUAUUGUUGCUGAAUGCUGGGGAUAAUUUUCAGGGCUCGAUGUGGUACAGCGUUUACAAGUGGGAUGUUAUAAGGCAUUUUAUGGAAAAAUUUCAGUUUGACGCAUACACUUUGGGAAAUCACGAGUUUGACGAUAACAUUGAAGGAAUUGUUCCAUUCAUAAAAUCCAUAAACGCGCCAGUAGUACUGUCAAAUGUGGACGACACUGAAGAACCAACCUUCCAAAACACGUACACUAAAAGCACGGUAGUCGCAAAAAAUGGAAAGAAAAUUGGGAUAAUAGGAGCUCUAACUAAAGAAGCCAACGAAAUUUGCCACGCCGGAAAAUUGGUUUUCCUCGAUGAAUCCGAGAGUAUAAAUAAGGAAGCUGAAAGAUUGGUUAAAGAGGAAGAUGUGUUUACUAAUAUUGUUCUGUCACACUGUGGCUAUGAUGUUGAUAAAGAGGUAGCCAAGAAAGCUACUGGAAAAAUUGGUUUGAUAGUGGGUGGACACAGCCAUACAUACUUGGGAGAUGAUACAACUUUUAAACCUAAAGGCCCUUAUCCAACAGUGGUACAAAGAAGUUCCGAUGGUGGUAAUGUCUUGAUAGUCCAGGCUUCAUCUUUCUCCAGACAUCUAGGGAACAUAACAGUCUAUUACAAUAACCUUGGAGACAUUGUGGAAUGGGAUGGUGCACCAAUAUUUCUAAGCCAUGAUUUACCACAAGAUGAAGAAAUAAACAAGGAAAUGUCAAUAUGGAAUGAAAAGAUCGAAGUCAUCAAAAAUGAAGUGCUGGGUGAAACAUUGGUGCCUUUAGAAAAAGCUAUUUGUAAUUAUGAGGAGUGUCUGUUUGGGAAUUUCCUAGCUGAUGCCAUGGUUUUUGAGUAUAUGACUCAAUCAAACCAAGAAAACUGGACACACGGAUCCAUAGCUUUCAUGAAUCCCAAAGGCUUCAGGAGCGACAUAGAUGUGGGAAGUAAAUAGGACGAACAAAAAAACAAUACAAUAUAAAUAAUAAUUUUUUUAGACAUAACUUAUGGAGAACUAAUUACGGCCCAGCCAUUUGGUAACACCAUUGACAUAAGCGAAAUACAAGGAAAAUAUAUCGUGGAAAUAUUCGAAAUUGUUGCUGGGAGAGAUUUAGAAGCCAAGCAUGGGAAAGUCCAGUUAAAUAUGUUACAGGUUUCAGGUGUACAAGCCGUAUUAAAUGUAAAUAACCCAAAAGGAAGUAGAGUGCAAUCCCUUAAAGUCAGAUGUGCAAAUUGUCAAAUACCCGUAUAUGAGGAUAUAAAAAUUGACGAAUUUUAUAAAAUUAUAACACCAUCGUUUUUAAGUAAUGGAGGGGAUAGUUUUGAUAUAAUACCAGAGAAAAUAUUUAAUAAAUAUGAAGGAAAUAUUGACAUCGAUGUGUUCAGGAAUUAUUUGAAGGUUAAAUCACCAAUUUUUGAGGAGAUAUGGGGUAGGGUUGAAGUAAUUGGUGAAUAUGAAAGAAAGGUGUAAAAAUAGACAAUAUUUUAUAUGUAAUGACUAUAUUUUUUUAAUAAAGCAUUGAUUUUAUAGAAA